AUGCCGGGUUCUUUCUGGGAAUAUCGGCAGGAGCAAGAAGCCCUUGGUAAUUCAAAUGGGCUGAAACCUUUUGGCGCAAAGGCUUACUAUGCAACGCUUCAAGGUGUUGGUGCUGGUAUUGCCUAUGGCACUUUUCAUUGGGCUUAUUAUCCCGACAAAUUAGCCUUCUCCCAUAAGAAUACAGUGGCUGCAGGUCCGUCUCGUGGAAUGGAAUAUCUUACGCACACACUAUUGAGACCAGCUGUUGCAUUUACUGUAGUAGGAGUAACUUACGCUGGAGUGGAGUCUUUCUUGGAAGAGGUGAAAGGCUCUCAUCAAAAGGAUCCUUGGAACUCGACUUUCGCCGGUGCUGCUGCGGGUAUGGUUUUAGGAGGAUUUUUCACGCGAAGAUUCGAUGUUGCAUCCAUGACAGCUUUAGGUGUUGGCCUUGUAAUGGGAAUGGUUGAAGUAAAUGGACCAAAUAUUGUUUGUGACCCUAUAGCUCAGGAAGCAAAGAAGUUCCCUGAUUCUUUCUCUGCCAAAUUCAAGGAGAGCGACGACCUAAGUGAUCUUAAGGCGAAGUACCCUUCGUACAAAAACAACUAG